CCGAUACUGGUGGGAAGUGAGGUUUCUACUUUGCCGGCCAUCAUUUUGUAAUGUCGUAUUUGGUUUUGCGCUUUUUGUAGUGAGAAUUUUGUGAGAGAGCUGUUGAAUUUGGUGUUUUAUCCGCUUUAUUAGGGAUAUACACGGCGCAAUUGAUGGAAUGAUUGAUUUUUUGUGAACAAAAGGGGUGAAAGUUAAAUAUAAGUAAAAUGGCAGCACUAGGACAUCAAACAGCAGCAGCAUUGCUGGAUUUCAACCAAAAGCUGGAUAUAAAUCUCCUAGAUAGUGUGGUCGUUAGUAUGUAUGCUGGAAAUGGAGAAACUCAAAGAAUGGCACAAGAAGUUUUAACAACACUGAAAGAACAUCCUGAUGCUUGGACAAGGGUAGAUACGAUUCUAGAAUAUUCUACCAAUCAAGAAACAAAAUAUUAUGCUUUACAAAUUUUGGAACAAGUAAUAAAAACUCGUUGGAAAGUGUUGCCUCGGAAUCAAUGUGAAGGUAUCAAAAAAUACAUUGUUUCAUUGAUUAUCAAAACUAGUUCAGAUCCUGAGGUUUUGGAAGCCAACAAAACUUAUCUUAAUAAAUUAAACAUGAUACUGGUACAGGUAUUAAAGAGAGAAUGGCCUAAAAAUUGGGAAACUUUUAUAACGGACAUUGUGGGUGCAAGUAAAACAAAUGAAAGUUUGUGUCAAAACAAUAUGAUUAUUUUAAAAUUACUGAGUGAAGAGUUAUUUGAUUUUUCUGCUGGCCAAAUCACACAAACUCAAGCAAAGCAUUUAAAAGAUAAUAUGUGUUCAGAAUUUUCUGCAAUAUUUCAUUUAUGUCAAUUUGUUCUUGAAAACUCCCAGAAUCCACCAUUAAUCAAUGCAACAUUAGAAACACUGCUUAGAUUCUUGAACUGGAUUCCUCUCGGUUAUAUAUUUGAGACUAACCUUAUUAACACAUUAAUUUUCAAAUUUCUACCUGUACCGAUGUUUCGGAAUGUUACUUUAAAUUGUCUCACAGAGAUCGCUGGUGUUAAGGUUACAAAUUAUGAUAACAUGUUUAUUUUAUUAUUUACUGAAACCAUGGCACAGAUUGAAAUGAUGCUACCAAUUCAAACUGAUAUUAAAACAGCGUAUGCUUGUGGACAAGAUCAAGAGCAAAAUUUCAUUCAAAACUUGGCUUUGUUCCUUUGUACAUUUUUAAAAGAUCGUGCUACUAUUGCCCAGAGCUCCUAUAAUACGAUGGAAAAGGCUUUAAAGUAUCUUGUACUCGUUUCUGAAGUAGAAGAAGUGGAAAUCUUCAAGAUUUGCCUCGAAUAUUGGAACAGUUUAACAUCUCAGCUAUAUCGAGAAACAUCCCACCGCAGCGUAGGACUUUGCCUAGAAAAAAGUGAAGGCUACAACAAUUUUUCUCAAGAUUUUUAUAAGGAAGUUCUAAAUAAAGUUAGAUAUAUUAUGAUUUCUCGAAUGGCUAAACCAGAGGAGGUGCUUGUAGUGGAAAAUGAUAAUGGUGAGGUUGUAAGAGAAUUUAUGAAAGAUACGGAUUCAAUUAAUUUAUAUAAAAAUAUGAGGGAGACCCUAGUGUAUCUUACACAUUUAGACUGUCCAGAUACAGAGCGUAUUAUGACUAAUAAAUUACAGAAUCAAGUGAAUGGUAGUGAAUGGUCCUGGAAGAAUUUGAACACUCUUUGUUGGGCUAUUGGUAGUAUAUCUGGUGCAAUGCACGAAGAAGAUGAAAAACGAUUUCUGGUAACUGUUAUUAAAGAUUUGUUAGGACUUUGUGAACAAAAACGUGGAAAGGACAACAAAGCUAUUAUUGCUUCCAAUAUUAUGUACGUUGUUGGACAGUAUCCGAGGUUUCUAAGAGCUCAUUGGAAAUUUUUGAAAACUGUUGUAAAUAAAUUAUUUGAAUUUAUGCAUGAAACACAUGAUGGAGUGCAGGAUAUGGCUUGUGAUACUUUUAUUAAAAUUGCUAUGAAAUGUAAGAGGCACUUUGUGACAACACAAAUAUCAGAAACUUGUCCAUUCAUUGAAGAUAUACUGGCGUCCAUUUCGACUAUCAUUUGCGAUCUUCAACAACAACAAGUUCACACAUUCUAUGAAGCUGUUGGUUACAUGAUAUCUGCUCAAAAUGAUACACCAUCACAAGAGGCUCUGAUCGAAAAAUAUAUGUUGUUACCUAAUCAGGUUUGGGAUGAUAUCAUUAGUCAGGCUAGUAAGAACGUUGACAUUUUAAAAGAAAUAGAAAUUGUCAAACAGUUAGCAAGUAUAUUGAAGACCAAUGUUCGAGCUUGUAAGACCUUAAAUCAUGCUUAUGUGAUGCAAUUAGGUCGUAUAUAUUUGGAUAUGUUGAAUGUGUAUAAGGUUAUGUCUGAAAACAUAACGGCAGCUAUUCAACUUAAUGGUGAAACCGUGAUGAAACAGCCUUUAAUAAAAUCUAUGAGGGCUGUCAAAAAAGAAACAUUGAAAUUAAUAUCUGAUUGGAUAUCUGUAUCGGACGACAAUACAAUGGUGCUCGAAAGUUUCAUUCCUCCAUUUUUAGACGCAGUUUUAUUUGAUUAUCAAAGAACCCCGGUUCCUAUAGCAAGAGAACCAGAAGUGCUGAGUGCUAUCGCUAUUAUAGUUAAUAAACUUAAAAGCGAUAUUACAUUAGAGGUUCCGAAAAUAUUUGAUGCGAUAUUUGAAUGCACACUGGAGAUGAUCAACAAAGAUUUUGAAGAAUACCCAGAACACCGCACGAACUUCUUUUUACUUCUUCAAGCAGUAAAUAAUCACUGUUUCGCCGCCUUCCUUAAUAUCCCACCUACACAAUUCAAAUUAGUAUUAGACAGCAUCAUAUGGGCAUUUAAACACACAAUGAGGAACGUCGCCGAUAUCGGUCUACAAAUUUUGUUGAAACUAUUACAAAAUAUUGAACAACACGAAGCUGCAGCGCCCAGUUUCUAUCAAACUUAUUUGACUGACAUUUUACAACACAUAUUUUCAGUGGUUACUGAUACAUCUCAUUCUUCAGGAUUGUCCAUGCAUGCUACUAUUUUAGCAUACAUAUUUUCUUUGGUAGAAAUGGGAGGGGUGAAUUGUCAGUUAGGUCCUAAUCCCGAUAAUGUUUUGUACAUACAAGAGUUCACGGCCACUUUGUUGAAAUCUGCCUUUCCACAUCUUACUGACAACCAGAUUAAGAUUACAGUACAAGGGAUGUUCAAUUUAGAUCAAAACAUACCUCACUUCAAGGAACAUCUGAGAGACUUCUUGGUCCAAAUUAGAGAAUACACCGGUGAAGAUGAUUCAGAUUUGUAUUUGGAUGAAAGGGAGAAGGCAUUGGAAUUGGCUCAAGCUGAAAAACGACGUAUCGAACUGUCAGUACCAGGUAUUCUCAAUCCACACGAAGUUCCCGAAGAGAUGCAAGAUUAACAACUAUCUCGCUAUUAAAUAGUAAACUGUGUAAUUAAAAAAAAACUUACAUUGUGUCCCAUUGGAAAAAUCACUAAUUACGAAGUUUAUGUACAAAAUUAUUUCUAGAUUUGACUAGAAAAAUAGGGGAAUCGAAUAUUUCUUAUGUAAACACUCCAAAAUUGUGAAAACUUUGAAUAAAAAUGAAAUAUUUUUGGAAAUGACGACUUAUUCGUCCUAGGAAAACUUUCCUUGGUAAUUGAGAAGCCAUAAUCUAUAUUUGCAUAGUAUUUUUUUUAUAAAUUAAGAAAAUUUGUAAUAAACUUUGAAUGAUUGAUACAUUUCAGUGGGAUACUUAGAUCGAUAUUUUUCUAUUUGUAUCAUCAUAUUUCUGGUUUUGAGCAUAUACCAGUGUAAAUGUGUUUUGUGCGGUCCAUUUUCUUAAUAUUAAGACGCUUUUUAAAAAAAAACAUUUUUAUAUAUUUUUUUACAACUAAUUUGUUUUUGACUUAAAUAGAUUGCGUGUGGAUUUAGGAGGGUAAUUUUUAAAUUUUUCUCUUGUUUUGUCGGGUUUAAGUAAAUUAUUAUAUUUUUCUUCGAAGUCCCUUAUAAGAAAAUAAUCCACAUAUUAAAGAGAAGUUUUUUCAA